CUCAUCCUCUUCGGGCUCAGCAACCAGAUGGUGGUGACCUUCAAGGAGGAGAACACCGUGGCCUUCAAGCACCUCUUCCUGAAGGACUACGUGGACGGCGCCGACGACUCCUACGCCGUCUACACGCAGCGAGACCUCUACGACCGCGUCUUCUACGCCCUGGAGAAGUACUUGGCCAUCCCCAACGAGACGGUGGGGAGCUACGCCUACGUGCGGGGGGAGGCCGGGGGCCUCACGCUCUGCCAGCGCUACUACCGCAAAGGGCGCAUCGACCCCGCCAACGACACCUUCAGCAUCGACCCCAGGGUGGUCACCGACUGCCUGGGGGUGGACCCCGAGGACCCGCAGCCCCUUCCCCCAGAGCUCAGCCACAGCUACAGGAACUUCACCCUCAAAUUCCACAAACUCAUCAACGUCACCAUCCAGUUCAAGCUGAAGGCCAUCAACAUCCAAACCAUCAUCAACAACGAGCUGCCCGACUGUUACACCUUCACCAUCACCAUCACCUUUGACAACAAGGCCCACAGCGGGCGGGUGAGGAUCCGGCUGGAGAACCGGGCGGACAUCAAGGAGUGCAAAGAUCCCAGC